AUGACUUCAGUAUUCUUGUUUUGCACUGCUGACAUCCCAGCCAAGACAAUCAACAACUUCCUAACAACAAUAACCACUGCCUUUGACAACCUUCCCAUCUUCACUCUAAUCUGCACCCCAGACCAAGAGCAUAUCGACGAAUGGGGCACCACCCCGCCCAUCGCACCCUUCACCACCGGCUUCAAAAGCACCUCCGAUAGAGAUCUCCGCAGCUAUACACGCACCCGCAUCGAGGAACUCAAAAAGACAAACUCCGAAGGCCAGCUUUCACCCAACUGGAUCGCCAUUCUCGACGAGCGGUCCAUCCACGACUCGACUGUGAUUCUGCAACACUGCUUGGCUAAAUCAAGCUGGGCUAUAGCGUUGCAAGAUGCAGAAGUGGAGUACCACGUGCCCGGGGAAGCGGAUGUAGAUGAGACUGAAAUCUGGUGGAAGUGGAGGGUGAAGUUUACGGAUGCGUUUCAGUUGUUUAUGAGUGUUGAUGGGGGGCAUGGGGACUGUAGGGUUAUGAGUUGGUAUACACGACCGGAAGGGUAUGUGGAUGGAGUUUAUGAUGUGAAUAUUGCGAGGAGGAUUAUCAAUGGGGAGAUUCCAGAAUAGGACAUUUAAGUGUAUAUAGAAUGCGUAUGGAUGACGCAGACCCGAGAUAAUCAUCAUGUGAUGC